CACUGCCUGUUAUAAACCCAAAACAGAAGAAGAAUCCCGUCCAGCCGGUGUUUGUGUGGAGCUUUUCUAACCGACAUCAGCUGAUCCACACCCACACACCUGCCGGACUCCUCCAGCAGACCCAGCGGGCCUCCUCCUCUCCUCACCGGGCAGCAGACACCUUCAGCCGGCAUGGCGCAGCGGAGGUUCUUCGUGGGAGGAAACUGGAAGAUGAACGGGACCAAGGAGAGCCUGGGAGGGAUCAUCAGCACCCUGAACACCGCCAGCCUGCACGACCAGACCGAGGUGGUGUGUGGAGCUCCGUCCAUCUACCUGGACUUUGCUCGGUCCAGUUUGGAUCCCAGGAUCGGCGUCGCGGCCCAGAACUGCUACAAGGUGGCCAAAGGAGCGUUUACUGGAGAGAUCAGUCCGGCCAUGAUUAAGGACUGUGGGGUCGACUGGGUGAUCCUCGGACACUCGGAGCGCCGUCAUGUGUUCGGGGAAAGCGACGAGCUGAUUGGACAGAAGGUGGCUCACGCUCUGGAGAGUGAUCUGGGAGUGAUCGCCUGCAUCGGGGAGAAGCUGGAGGAGCGUGAAGCCGGCACCACCGAAGAAGUCGUGUACGCUCAGACGCAGGUCAUCGCAGAGAACGUGAAGGACUGGGGGAAGGUGGUUCUGGCGUACGAACCUGUGUGGGCCAUCGGCACAGGAAAGACAGCCACACCUGAGCAGGCUCAGGAGGUCCAUGAGAAGCUGAGGGCCUGGAUCAGAGCAAACGUCUCGGACGAUGUGGCUGAUUCAGUGAGGAUCAUCUACGGAGGUUCGGUCACAGGAGCGAACUGCAGAGAGCUGGCGUCUCAGGACGACGUGGACGGCUUCCUGGUGGGCGGAGCCUCUCUGAAACCGGAGUUUGUCGACAUCAUCAACGCACGUGAAUAAAAACAACGGAAGCGAUGAAAAGCACUCUGCCGUUUAGAUUAUCACCGUGUGUCUGCAGACUGGGCCGACGGGACAGAUGAGUGUAUUUAAUUAGCAAAAUAUGUGUGUAAUGGUUAAAUACAGGUAAAUGUCCGUAAGUUUUUUUGUUUUGCUGUAAUUUGUGGGACUUAGGUUUAUUUGCUUGUCACUGUUUUUCCUUUUCACAUCAAGGUAACAGUGUGGAGUUAUUAAAUACCACUAAACUUUAUUUUCAGUGGCAAUGAAAAGACUUAAAAAAUUCAACAAAACGACUCUGAGCAGCUGGAAAAUUAGGAUAUUUCAUUAGCUACUAAUAGUUUCAGCUGCUGUAUGUCCUAUUUUAGAUAGAAAUUAAAAAGGGAAAUGCAAUAAUCUGUAGUUGUAAGAUUUUUCCUGAGACGAACAGCAGAGGGUCGGUCAGCCCAGUUUGUUUUGUGUGUUUGCUAAGAGACUGAUCACAUCACUGCACUAACUCUUAUUUAGGGUCUGGAACAAGUAAAGUUCAGACAGAAUGUACUUAAAUAUAAAAUAGAAAGAGCAAAUAUAUAACAAUCAGGGAGUUUUAUUGUGAUGUUGUCACCAGUCAGCACUAAAGCUUCUGUAGUUCUACACUGGAUGAAUGGACCAAUGUAAGGAGUAAAGAGAUCAAUAAACUGUGGGGGAAAAAAGUCCA